UGUGUUCUCCGUGGACACGCCUGCGUUUGUGUCGCAACACGCACCGUGGAGGUGGAAUCACACCGGAGACACUCUCCACCUCUCUGCUGGAUCUGAGGAAACAAACUGCUGUCUGCCACGACACUGGUGUUAAACUCUCAAAGAACUACCUGCUGUUGCAGUCAAGAUGCCAGAAACAGCAGAGGCGGUGUCAGCCACUCUCACCACCAACAGGAACUGCGCCGUAGAGAUAACCAAUGUCAGUGGCACCUACUGCCUCAUCAACCCCAAGGUUUACAUGGCCAGUGGCUUUUCUUGCCACCCUCCCCAGCCUACCAUCCGAACCCAGAAGACAGAAGUUUCCUCCUUCACCAAGGAUGACAACACCGCUACAGGAGCCGUGGGCCUGCUAACCUACGACCUGUUCCACAUGCGGAACCGGGUUUGCUCCGAGCGGAUGGCCAUCAUGUUCUCUGUGCCUUUUGACCACAGCCUUUACAAGAACCGGCUGGCCGUGGGUGUGUUUGAGCUGUCCCAGGCCUGCGACAAACAUCUGUAUGAGCAGAUGUACGAUGGGAAAGAUCUCAGCAACUUCACGCGGUCUGAUGCAAACGGGUGUGGGCUGGAACACAAAGCUGCACAUGUUGAUUUAAGAGCUACAAUGUCCACGACCGGCAAAGCUAUGGUUAAAGUGGAGCUCUAUGAUAAAAUGGGCCGUUAGUUGGCGUCUAAAGGGGCUCUGUUGUUGUGUUCUGUGGUGUUUUUGUAACCGCAGAGUGAUUUCAUUUGAUGCGACCACUGUUGUCAUCCUAAAAUAAAAGGCUCAGCAGAGGAAGACUGA